AUGAGCGUCACAAGCAACUGGCGAGCCGGGGCAUUUGGUGUCAGGCCAGUACGUAUAGCGAACUGCUCUGGCUAUCACGGUGAUCCGGCUCAAGAAAUGUACAAGCAGGCUACCCUGGGCGACAUCGAUUUCAUUACUGGCGAUUAUCUGGCCGAGGUCAACAUGGCAAAUAAUGCCGAAGCAUUUAGACAGGGCCGGCACCCCGGCUACGAAGAAACCGCUUGGGAUGGGAUACAACAGACAAUCGAUGUGAUUUCGCAGAAACGCAUCAAGGUUGUCAUCAAUGGAGGCGCCCUGAAUCCCGGCGGCCUAGCCACGAGAGUGGCCAAACUGGUCAAAGACAGAGGCUACGACCUAAAGGUCGCAUACAUCUCUGGCGACAACAUAUUGCCUGAGCUCGGCAAUCACAUGCCUCAGCAGACGGAACAAGCUCUGCCACAUUUUGACUCUGGGAACCAACAUGUUACCGUUUCUCCAGAGUCAUAUCUCUUUACACGAGAGGGCCAAGAGCCCCGUGAAAUUGUUUCGGCCAAUGCCUACCUCGGCGCGCAUUCCAUCUACGAGGCUCUACAGAAAGGGGCAGAUGUCGUCAUUUGCGGCCGAGCCUCAGAUGCAAGCCCGGUGAUAGCCUGCGCAUGGUACUGGUGGUCAUGGAAGAACACGAGCUACAACGAGCUAGCUGGCGCUUUGAUCGCCGGCCACUUGAUCGAAUGUUCGGCCUACGUCACAGGCGGCAACUUUGCCGGCUUUGAUGCCUUUGACAUUGAACGCUUCGUCGACCCUGGCUUUCCAAUUGCUGAGAUAGACCAGGAUGGAACAUGCGUGAUUACCAAGCAUCCAGGGACGGGAGGCAUGGUCACUAUUGAUACCUGCAGUUGCCAGCUUCUUUACGAGUUGCAAGGCAACGUUUAUCUCAACAGCGAUGUCAAGGCAUACCUGGAUGAUGUCUCUAUGGAACAAGUUGGGUUAGAUAGGGUCCGUGUUUCUGGAGUUCGUGGAGCUCCGCCUCCAAGCACGACAAAGCUUGCCGUUUUCUACAAGGGCGGUUACGAAAUGCAGGCGCUAUUCAAUGCUUCAGGUUACGGUACGGCUAAGAAGUUGGAGCUUUUUCAGAAGCAGAUUCGUUUCUUCCUUGGAAAAGAAGCGUUGCAGCGAUUUGACGUCCUUGAGUUCCAGCAAAUUGGAGUUCCUGCUCCCGACCCAGCUGGUCAAAACAGCAGUACCGUCUACUUCCGCAUUUUUGCACAAGCCCCUGAAGUGUCUCUUCUCAAUGCCAUCAGUGUUGCUGUACGGAACAUCUCACUGAAACAUUUCUCAGGGUUUCAUAGCUCUCUCGAUAUGCGAACAGCGAUUCCUCGUCCCUAUCUCGCAUUCUAUCCUGCCCUAUGGCAUCAGUCUGACAUUAACGAAUGUGUUAAGUUCGUUGACUCCGAGGGAGAAAUUGAGUCGUUUGCGACUUGCCAGCCGCCAGCGUUUGAGGAUCUGGGCCAGCGUCAAUCAUAUGACGCAGAGCCAUAUAUCCAAACUGAUCCCGAGCUCCGUCAUGUGCGUCUUGGUGACAUUGCACUUGGUCGCUCCGGUGACAAGGGCGCAAAUCUCAACUUUGGCCUGUUUGUCCGCACCCCGGCCCAGUGGGAAUGGUUGCGAUCAUAUCUAUCGCGAGCCAAGGUCCAGGAGCUUCUGGGUGCUGACUGGAAGGCUGGCUACUCCAUCGAGCGUGUAGAGUUUCCAAAGAUUUUCGCUGUACACUUUGUCGUGUAUGGGAUCCUUGGUCGUGGCGUUAGCAGUUCCAAACGUUUGGAUGGUUUUGGAAAGGGCUUUAUUGACUAUUUCCGGGACAAGGUCGUCCAGGCACCGGCAUCUAUUAUAGAUAGUGCGACUAUUGAAGAGAGGCUAUGA